GUGGGCACUAAUAAGGCCACACAUACGCUGAAUGUAUCUUUUGGACCAAUACUGAAACCCCACAACGAAACGGUGUAUGGCGUGGAUGUGAACCGGGAUGUGAGGAUUAAGUGUGAGGUCGAGGGCAACCCAAAGCCAGACAUAGCGUGGCUGAUGUUGGGUCAGACCAAUGUGUUGGGCACUGACGGGGAACUACUCGUCAAAGAUGUGACAGAAAAGAAGAUCGGAAAAUACAUUUGUAGGGCAUCUGUGAAGGGAUUCCCAGAGAUAUCCUCACAACUUAUCGUACGCUUAAAUGGUCCACCGCAAAUAGAGGACCCGUACAUACAUUAUGGUCUAAUCGGCGAGACUGUCAGAAUCGGAUGUUAUAUAAAUUCUGUGCCAAAACCAAGUCAAAUAGUCUGGCACCACAAUCGCCAGAUAGUAAAUAUCGACAGUAAUCGAGGCGUUAAUAUAAUCGAUGAGCGAAUACCUGGAGAAUCGACAAUACUGUCCACAGUUGUCAUAUAUAACGCUAAACUAUCAGAUUUUGGUGAAUAUAACUGUACGGUUAGAAAUAGGUUUGGUUUCGAUAACAGAGUCAUCAUUUUGGCCGAAAAAAUCGGUUUCACAACAUUAGUGACAUUCGCAUCGCUGUUGUUAUCAAUAUUAGUGGUAAUCGUAUUGAUCACUAUUGUCGUCAUCCUAUGCUUAAGACACAGACACAUGAAAAAGGCAGUAAAGCUUAAGAAGAAGGGUUCGUUGUAUUCGUCGAGCGAUCGGACAUCAAGUGAUACAAGCGAUGAGACGUUAGUGGAGUCCGAUGUGUCGACUGCCGGCACCACUGAUGACACCGACGCCGGCAUUCACGUCGAGAUGCAGUCCAUUACGAGUAGCGAAAUGUCGGCGCCGGCACCUCAUCACAGCCGCCGUAGUCAUCGUAGUCAUCGAAGUCGAAACACUGGCACUGAUAUUGUCUUAGACUAUGAAUUAGAG